GCCUUGCUUGCCCAUCCAGCUCGGCGGCGGCUAUAUAAGGCAGCCGCCGCCGAGCGGGCGUGAGAGAAGACAAAGCUGAAGAUGAGUGUGACCACCACGCUGUCGCUGUCGCUGUCGCUGUCGCUGGCGCUGAUGAGCAUCUCCCUCUCGUCGGUGUCGUCCGCAAAGCUGAGGGUGGUGCAGACGGAGAGCGGCAGCGUUCAGGGUACCAACAAACGCACGGGACUGUUCACGUCCGUGGACGUGUUCAAAGGGAUCCCCUUCGCCGCCAGUCCCGGACUGUGGGAGAAACCGAAACCCCAUCCAGGAUGGGACGGGGUGCUGAAGGCCAGCAAGUACGCCGAGCGCUGCCUGCAGGUGUCGCUGUUGCAGACCGAGACUCGCGGCAGCCUGGAUUGUCUCUACCUCAACAUUUUUGUGCCUCAAGCGAGCACACUGUCGUCCAACCUGCCCAUCAUGGUGUACCUGUUCGGAGGGGCCUUCCUGCUGGGGGCGUCCAACGACUUGGCCAUCCUGGGAGACUCGCUGUACGACGGCAAGGAAAUGGCCGAGCGCGGGAAGGUCAUCGUGGUGUCGGCCAACUACCGCGUUGGAACCUUGGGCUUCCUCAGCAGCGGAGACGCUCGCAUGCCAGGGAACUACGGUCUGUGGGACCAGCACGCCGCCAUCUCCUGGGUGCGAAGGAACAUCGCCGCAUUUGGAGGAAACCCGGACAACAUCACCAUAUUUGGACAGUCGGCAGGGGCCGCCAGCGUCAGCUUCCAGAUGUUGUCCCCGUACAGUAAAGGUUUGUUCCGGCGAGCCAUCACUCAGUGCGGCGUGGCCUUGAGUCCUUGGGCUCUGCAGAGGGAACCCAUGGCAAUCACCAAGAAGAUCGCCCGUAAGGUCGGCUGUUACCGGAGCGAUGAGGACCUGAUGUUGACGUGUCUUAAGAUGACUGACCCGGUGGGUCUCACCAUGGCGGGAAAAAUUGACAUCCUGCAACUGCUGGGCAACGGCGUGGUCAUGGAUCUCUUGGAACACGCCCCCGUGGUGGACGGUGACUUUCUCCCCGACCAGCCCGCUCGCCUUUUUCACAACGCCGCCGACGUGGACUACAUGGCCGGCGUCAACUCCAUGGACGGGCACAUCUUUGCGGGCGUCGACGUGCCCUCCAUCAACCGCAGGAAGGCAAACACCACCGUGGAGGACGUGAGGGGGCUCCUGAUGGGCCUGACCAGAAAAGGUACGGCGGCCGUGGAAUCGGCAUUCCGCGUGUACUCCGCCCACUGGGGCUCGGCCCCGGAUCCGGCGGCGGUGAAGAAGACGGUGGCUGACAUCGAGACCGACUUCCUGUUCCUGGUGCCGACCCAGACGGCGCUUCAGCUCCACGCCAACCAAAGCGGCGCUGGCCGCACCUUCUCCUACCUGUUCAAUAUGAAGACGCGCAUUCCGGGCUUCCCCCGCUGGGUGGAGGCGGAGCAUAGCGAGGACCUACAGUAUGUCUUUGGCAAGCCUUUUGCGACGCCGCUCAUCUACUUCCCGCGACAUCGCGACCUGUCCCGAUACAUGAUUGCAUACUGGACCAACUUCGCCAAGACCGGCGAUCCCAGUCAAGGAAACACUAAGGUUCCGGUCCCGUGGCCCGCCUUUGGCAAAACCCGUCGUCCCUUCCUGACCAUCAACCACAAGAUGAGCAAGUCGUCCGUCGGCUACGACCUGAGGCAGAGCUACGUCGCCUAUUGGACCGAGACGUACGGCGCCCUGCCGUCAGCGCGGCCAGCGUGACCCCGAUGCACCCGUGACUACGACCGCCUUUUGAGCGGCUAGCGAGACGACGAGCUACGAGGCGCUAUGUUGCCCGAUCAAACUUUGAUCGCUCCAGCAAAUCCAAUAAAAUCCCUUGAAGUGAAAGGAGUGACGCCA